AUGGCAGAUAUCGAUGCUGGAAUCGCAAAGCCCUUUACCAUUGAUAUUUCUAGCGAUAAGCUCGACCUUUUAAGGCGGAAAUUAGAGCUAACAAAAUUUCCUGAUGCUAUCCUCGCAAAUGAGAGUGACUGGGCUCAUGGUCCUCCAUUGCCAACUAUGCGGCGUCUAGUCGAAUACUGGCGCAAUGGAUUUGAUUGGAAGGCCGCUGAAGCCCGCCUUAAUCUCCUCCCGCAAUACACCGUUGCUAUCAAUGUUGAUGGGUUUGGGACUUUCGAUGUUCACUACCUCCAUGUGAACAAAGCGGCAAAGAAUGCCAUCCCACUACUUAUGGUUCACGGGUGGCCAGGUAGUUUCUUCGAAUUCACGAAAAUUCUGGGUCCCCUCACGAAUGGGGAUGGAGACGAACCAACAUUUGAGAUCAUUGUCCCCUCUCUUAUUGGUAGGGCUGCUGGCCCAUCUCUUCCCUUCAAAUUUCCCUCGAUGGGAGCUUGGGUAACAGUCUCGCAAAAACUGACUCGGCAUGCUCAGGAUAUGGUUUCAGCGACGGUGCAAAAGAACCCGGCUUCAGCUGUUUUAAGGUUUGCGCAAGCAGAAAUGUGUCACAAAUUGAUGCUAAAGCUCGGGUUUAGCGAAUAUGUGGUCCAAGGAGGAGAUUGGGGUAUGAUAAUUACACAUAUUCUGGCGAAUACCUAUUACCCGGAACAUGUGAAAGCGGUUCAUACCAAUAACUCGGACAAAUGCGACCCACCAUCUUUCUUCGAGAACCCAAUAUAUUGGCUCCAAAACCAGUUGCGGGGCCCGUAUACCGCAUCUGAAAAAGCGGGAAUUGAGCGAACACAGAAAUUUAUGAGCGAAGGGUACGGAUACAAUUUGAUGCACAAACACAGGCCACAGACCAUUGGUUACUCGAUAAUGGAUAGCCCUGUGGGAUUGUUAGCAUGGAUUCUCGAUAAGUUGCAAGAUUGGACGGAUAACUACCCAUGGACCGAUGAUGAAAUCUUGACAUGGGUAUCCAUAUACUGGUUCUCAACCUCUGGCCCGACGGCUUCGCUUAGGUUGUACUACGAAUCAAGACGAGCCCCACAGGAGCAAAAGAAGAAAGGCUUUGCCUGGGCAAAAUGUCCCAUGGGGAUCAGCCAUUUCCCUAUGGAUAUUAAUGUUUCGCCCGUCGUAUGGUCGAGGCCGAUGGGUAACUUUGUCUUCGAAAGAGUGCACACGUCCGGGGGACACUUUGCGGCAUGGGAAAAGCCAGAUAUUCUGGCGGGAGAUCUGAAAGAUAUGUUUAAAAAAGGUGGGCCGGUGUACGGAGUUGUGCGAGGGCGGGACGGAUAUUAA